UUGCCACCUCUCUCUCUCUCUCUCUCUCUCUCUCUCUUCCAUGUAUUCCGUACGGAUUAGGGUUGGGGCUCCAAAUCCCUCUUGAUUCUCUCUAUCUCACACUCUUCUCAGCUUGAGAAGGGGAAUUCCUACCAAACCUCCAGUGUUCCAUCUUUCUGAGCUGUUUUUCGCAUUUUUGGCGGGGAAAUUAGGGCUUGUUCUGAGCUGAUUUUUAUUUUUAUUUUUAAAAUUUGGCUCUGUUUAUUUGUUUUAGAACUUCUCGAGCUGGUGGAGAGGUGUUUGGAUUGCAUUUGGUGAUGUGACUUGAUUCUAAUAUAUUCUGUUCUGGGUCGACGGCGGUGGUGUCGGUUUGGUUUUUUUCUAGGGUUCUUGGGCGGUUUUGUUUUGGGAAGACUUGGUUGAGGAAUUAGGGUUUGGACGGUGACUUUCUGUUUGGAGUCUGCAGCGGUGUUGGAUUUGAUUUUGUUCAGGUUUGAGCAGAUGAGUCGUACAACGACAAAUGAGAGCGACAGCGGAAUGCUUGCAAAGGACCAGACUGAUUCACCUUCAAUGGAUGAAAGCAGCUGUGGAGGGGGGAUGGGAGGAGCAGGCCUUUUGAAGAAAGGGCCCUGGACAUCCGCAGAAGAUGCUAUUUUGAUGGAUUAUGUUAAAAAACAUGGAGAGGGGAACUGGAAUGCUGUGCAGAAGCACUCGGGCUUGUCUCGUUGUGGCAAAAGCUGUCGUUUGCGAUGGGCAAAUCAUUUAAGGCCAAAUCUGAAGAAGGGGGCCUUUACGGCUGAUGAAGAACGGAUGAUCAUUGAACUCCAUGCGAAAAUGGGAAACAAAUGGGCUCGGAUGGCUGCACAUUUGCCCGGCCGAACUGAUAAUGAAAUAAAGAACUACUGGAACACUCGCAUCAAGAGAAGGCAACGCGCUGGUUUACCGCUUUACCCUCCCGACGUGUGUUUGCAGGCACUGAAUGAGGGUCAACCUAAUCAGAACAUUGGCGAAUUCGGGGCUGGUGAUACACGGCAUCAUGACCUAUUGCAGCCAAACAGUUAUGAAAUUCCUGACGUCAUCUUCGAUAAUCUGAAAGCCAAUCAAGGGGCUUUAUCCUAUGCACCGACUUUUUCCUCUAUUCCCAUUAGUAGCAUGCUGAAUCAAGGGUUGGGACCAUCUCAGAACUACAGCUUAGCACCUCCACCAAUGCAUCGUGUCAAGCGUCUCCGAGAAUCUGAAACCUUGUUUCCUGGUUUUCCAGGGGGUGUCACCAACCCAUUCCAAAACGACACCUGUGAGAAGGUCCAGUCACCCUUUGGUCUGGGCAUUCCCUAUGAUCCUGAUCCCGACGUCAAGAACCCGGCACCCUUUGGGGGUGUUGUUACCGGCAGCCAUGCCCUUUUAAAUGGCAAUUUUUCUGCUUCCAAGCCUCUUCCUGAGGCGGUGAAGCAGGAGCUCCCUUCACUCCAAUAUCCCGAAACUGAUCUGGGCGGCUGGGGCACAUCCCCCCCUCUGCCAUCAAUUGAUGCUGUUGAUGCUUAUAUCCAGACUCCUCCGCUGACCAUGCAUGUGCAAUCUGACUGUCUUUCGCCUCGCAACAGUGGCCUUUUAGAGGCACUGUUACAUGAAUCACAAGCACUAAGCAGCGCAAAGAAUCAAACAGCUGAGAAGAGUCCGAAUUCGCUGGCAGCGACCCCCACCGACAUAAUGGACGGGUCGAUGCUGAAUGAAUGUGAGACGGAAUGGGAAGGCUACACUGAUCCAAUUUCUCCCUUGGCCCAUUCUGCCAUAUCAGUCUUCAGCGAGUGCACACCUAUCAGCGGCAGCUCGUUGGAUGAGUCACCACCUGUUAAAGCACUGCCUGGUCCUGAGAUCAAGAUUGAAAAGGUUGAACAUGUCUCUGCCCCAGGUGGGGGAGGAGAUAAGGAGAGCAUCCCUCGGUUGGACUUCACCAGGCCUGAUGCACUACUCGGUGCAGACUGGUUCGAACAAAGCUCCGAAUGCGCAAAUCACCUGGCGGCCCUUCUCAACGAAGACUUCUGCGGAGAUUACAAGCACAUGGCCACCGGAUCUUCUACACUGAAUCAGGGAUGGGGACUUGGCUCAUGUCCAUGGAAUAACAUGCCUGCUGUAUGUCAAAUGUCUGAGUUUCCUUGAGGAUCCCUGCUUUUCCUCCUCUGGACAAAGGCAGUCUGUGAGAUGGGAUCCAUGGGUUACGUGUAUCGUUAGGAUGCUGUGUAUGGCCCAGUCGUGCUUCUCCAGAACAAGCAUACGUGGAAAGGCAUUGGAUAGAGAGGUACUUUUGCUGCAAAACUUACGCUUUUGUUAUUGUUUGUAGAAUAACUAUGCACUGUUUUAGUAUCUGAACAUCGCUAUUCAAUGGGCUUCAAUUAUUUGAUAGAUUCCAUUACAUAAUCUUACCUAUAUAAUCAUUUACUUAUGCUUGGUUCA